CCACUACAACUAUUGCUUGCCCAAACAAAAGAAAGCAGCAACUUAAAGCUGCUAGGGCCAAAAAGUAUGUGAAAAAAUCUUAUGUAUUUUAUGAACAAACAGAUUAUGAGAAUCUGGUUUGGCCUUCAACUUAUGUUGAAGGUUCUAAAAGAACUCAAAGACGCAAAAAAGCAGAGCUAAAGAAGGCUGCACAAGAUACUCGAUCUAUCACUACUUACUUUGCUUCUGCCUUAAUAUGUUUUAAUGUUGUAUCAACUUCGACUUCUACUUGCGAAUCAUCAACAGAAUUAUAUAUAUCAAUAGAAAUGGAAUCAGUGAAAAUAGAAUCAGUAGAGAUAGAAUCAGUAGAGAUAGAAUUAGUAAAGAUAGAAUUAGUAGAAGUAGAAUCAAUGAAGGUGGAAUUAGUAAAGGUGGAAUCAGUAGAAAUAGAAUCAGAAUCAAUAGAAAUAUGA